AUGGGCCUGCGCAAACAGCCCCCACCGCGUUUGGAGAACAUCAGCAAGUCAAAUCCACGAUCGGACGUACGCUCACCUAAAUCACCCAACUCUGCAUCCUCCCACCGCCCGACUCGUUUGAACCGAUUUCCAUCUGAGGACUCUAUCUACUCCCCCGAUCUCAACACUUCACCUGCGUUUGACCUGAUGCCACUUGAGGAGGCACAGCGGUCGCCGAUGGGGUCUCCAACCAGUCAACCGCCGAGCUCAUGGCCCAACAACGGAAGGCCCGAUGAUGGCCGCUCUGGUCAGUAUAAUCAGUAUGAAGGCGCAUACCAAGAAUCUGCAACUACCAACGGGCACUGGGCUCCGCCUACGUUGAUAACAGGCCAACAGCAAGGGGCGGCUGAGAAUGUGUUGGGGUCAACGCCCAACGCCAGUCAAGCUUCGACUGGGGAGGUACCGGUACAGUUAAAGUCAAAUAACCCAUUUUUGAAGCCGAGGCCGUCAGAGCAUACUCAAGAUCUCUUAGAUCGCAAUGAGUGGGGGCGUGAUUCACAUGCGACUUCAAACAGUGAUUCAUUGAGCUUAACCGAGGGAUAUAUUCCGAUGACUGCACGACUCUCCCUCUUAGAUGAACCCGAACAAGAAUCCCCAUGGGCCGAGGCUCCUCGUCCUCAUUCUCAUUCUGAGCAACGUGCCGUGUUAGGCGGCCAGCAACUCGAUGAUAACUCGCCGUGGGGGUCUCAACAGUCUAUCAAGGUCUCGGCCCCCCAAGAGAUAUACCUACAAGGAAUACAGUCUAAUCCAUAUGUCUCGCCGGCUGUAAAUCCUUCCCCAUCUGAUGGGGACAACCAUGCCCGCGCACAAUAUAACCCUUCAUCCAAUGCAGGGAGACUCGGAUCAGAUGCUGGAAUCAACACUUCACCUGUUGCUCUCGCUAAUGGGACCUCCGCCACAUCCCGUGAACUAAUCGAUUUGGGUGUUUGGGGCGCUACUGGCAAUCCGGGGAUCGAGACUGUAUCUCAUGCUGCGUCUUCGUUGUACUCAGAACCAGCCGCGAACGGAGCAAGAUCAUUGCCAGAGAAACAAGAACUCGCAUCAGCCAGAGUGCAACCAUCACAACAACCCCAAACAACCCCCAUCCUAUCUGCCGCAGAAGCUGCACGACAAAAGGAGCAGAGAUCAGAAACCUACACUAUUCGACACGUCCGAUGGACCGAUCAAAGUGGUCAACUGGUGGAGUCUCCGGUUUUGGUCCAAAAUCAAAACGGACCCUGUCCGCUGCUGGCGCUCAUAAAUGCAUUGGUGCUGCGAGCGAACCCCAACACUCAUCCACCGAUUGUUCGAGCUCUGUCAACCCGCGAGCAAAUUUCUCUGGGCCUGCUAAUCGAGGCGAUGUUUGAAGAGCUGACAAUAUGCCUGGGCCCUGAUGAGGAGUUUCCGGAUAUCGAGGCCCUCACUCAAUUCCUGACAAUGUUGCAUACAGGCAUGAAUGUCAACCCACGUUUGAUAAUGGAUUCUACUGAAGGAUUUGGCACUUUCCUGGAGACCAGUGAUCUUCGACUGUACAGCACGUUUGGUAUACCGUUGAUCCAUGCCUGGUUAGCCCCUUGGUCCAGUCCUACUCAUACCGCAAUGUCACGCACUGCCCAGUAUUAUGAGGAUAUUCAAAUGCUGCCUUUUCGCAGACAAGAGUUUGAGGACCGGGUGGCGCGAGGCGAGGCUCUUGAACCCGCGGAAGAGAAUACCAUGGCGGAUAUCCAAACCAUCCAACAAUUUGUGGAAAUUGAGAACCCGACACAACUAAGCCCGUUUGGCUUAACACAACUCUCGACUAAACUUGCGCCUGGAUCUGUCUCCAUUCUUUUCCGCAACGACCAUUUCUCGACUUUGUAUAAACACCCGCAAUCCCAUCAACUCUAUACUUUGGUUACCGAUGCCGGUUAUGCGGGCCAUGCCGAGGUAGUUUGGGAAUCUCUUGUCGAUGUGACAGGUUUCAACACUGAAUAUUACUCCGGCGACUUUCGCCCCGUGGGCGCUGGUCCUUCGGCCCUAUCUGGUCCCGGUCCCGCGCAAGCAUCGAAUGAGCCCACUCAUUCUCCAAAUGCAAACGAAGCAUCGAAAUCCCCCGAGCCGACUCAAGAACAGAGUGAUGCAGACUAUGCAUAUGCGCUCUCGCUUCAGUUCCAAGAAGAAGAGCGACGCGAAAAUGCUAGGAACGAGCAGGCUCGCGAUCGUCGCACGUCUGCCCCGAGUACUUCUUCCAAUCGACCAUCGCCUUCACCGCGCUUGAGCAAUGUACCUGCUCGAUCUUCGAGUGUUGCCAAUGCGAUUUCUCAACCUAGACCGCAUGGGCCCGACAUCGAGGACCCAAACGCACCACCUCCUCCCUAUGAACAAGCUACCAGUGGGCCGCGCUAUUCGCCGCCUGACAGAAGGUCAUACGGCGGUGCCCCGGCUAAUCCUCCGGUAAAUCAGUACCCCGGCAACCGGAAUUCGCGCAAUCGAAACCAGUAUUCUCACCGACCCCGCCCUGUACGUACAGGGGACCACAACAUAAUGGAGUCAGAUCGGAACAAAGAAUGCAUAGUGAUGUGA